AUGCCUUUAACGGCGCGGUUGAUGUCAAUUUUGUUCUUAGUUUUGACAGUUCACGAAAUCUCGGGGAACAAUUUUGUCAUUCAUAGGAGAAGACCCGAUGGUGGCCAGCUCAUCUUUAAGCGUAGUAAAGACUCUUUUACCAUUCCGUUUUCGUUAUGCAACCGAACUUAUAUCGCAGGUGAAGAGUGUGAACGAUACAAUGCGACAGCCAGUGGCGAAGAAUGCUCAUGUUCUUGUCCGUUGGACAGGGCAUCGUUUGCUUACUUGAACAAUGAGUGGAAGUGCCAAGAAAAUGUGAUGGUUAGGGACCUUCAAGGUAAGAAAUAGUUUUACAAGUUGUAAGCAAUGUUUUAAGAACCAGAAGAACUAGCGUUUCAGCUCUUUCUACCACAGUGACUUAAAACAAAGUUAAACACAUAAAUUGGCGGUGACUUUGAUGUAAUUCACUGGAACGUACUUGGUUAUCUAUACAUAGUUUAUAUAAACAAUUAACUUCAAAAUUUUUCUAAAAAAUCAUUAUAUGAUGAUAAGAAUUAUUAAUAAUAAACAUCACGAAUCAAGCGAGAUGAGAGAGUAAUGACAGGUUUUAGGAACUGAAGACGGAAGGAAAAUCAGCUCUUUGAUCACCUCUAAAAAGCUAAGCAACCGAUGGUGUUUUUUUUUUUAGAUUAACAGAAUGGCUUAAUUCUAAAACUUCAAUACCCUGAUUAGCUGCACAUAGGGGAUGAUUGGAAAAUAUGAUGCUCUCGUUCGAUCUCCCAACAGUUAUAUUCUCCAUGCUUUCCCCAAAUCAAAUGCCACUUCCUUGACAUAAAUGGCUCUGGCUCUCUAUUAAGAUUCUAUUGUGUGACGUUAUUCAAGUUCACACAAUAAUUUGACUGUUAACUUCAGUACUGAAAGCAAAACUAAAGAAUGGUGAGAAAUUUGUUUUCACAUUCCUAGAUUGCGGCAACGUUCCAGUCUUCGUUUCCGAAAACCCAAGGGGAACGCUUUAUACUUUGAAGAUAUCGAAUGCAGUUUUAAUGGAACGCCUACCCUAUGAGUUCACAAGUUGUGAAGUCUACCUCAAUUCUUCGUGGUUCCUUGGAUGUAAUGGGGAGCGACUUCAGCAGAAUCAGUAUAUCAGGAAAAUGAAAGAACUGUUCACAUUUUUUCGCGCGCUACCUAUAUUGCCUCGUACCUUUUUCCUGCAGGUCAGCGUUACAAUUCUAGAGGCGCUAAUGCUAAUUUUUCAAAUACUGUUUAUGACGAUUGAUUGCUCGCCUGAUGUUUUUCAGAAAAAGGAAAAGGAAAGUAAGGAAAAAUAG